GCAGGAGGCUGGCAGCUUCGGCUCUACGGAGAGACACAGGCUCAAGAUGGCAGAUGGGUACUGAGUUUGGGGGGCUGCGAUCUCGCUUCAUCGCCGGUGUGGUUGCCAUGCAUUACAGACAUCCUCGCACCGAUGGCCCCCAUGUACGAAGGUAUGGCCUCGCAUGUGCAGGUUUUCUCUCCUCAUACCCUUCAGUCAAGUGCCUUCUGUAGUGUGAAGAAACUGAAAGUGGAACCCAGUUCUAAUUGGGAUAUGACUGGGUACGGCACACACAGCAAAGUCUACAGCCAGAGCAAGAACGUGCAAUCCUCCCAAGCAGCAGCAGCAGCAGUCAACGCUUCUCUACAGAUCCCCAACCCCAGCAUCCCCUACGAACAGACCAUCAUCUUCCCAGCAAGCACAGGGCACAUUGUGGUGACAUCUGCCAACAGCACUUCUGGUGUGGUUGCAGUGUCUGGGCAAACACUGGGUGGCCCACACAACCUGAUGCGGCGAAGCACUGUGAGCCUUCUGGACACCUACCAAAAAUGUGGACUUAAGCGCAAGAGUGAGGAAAUUGAGAACACAAGUAGCGUGCAGAUAAUUGAAGAGCAUCCACCAAUGAUUCAGAAUAAUGCCAGUGGGGCCACAGUAGCCACCGCCACCACAUCCACUGCCACAUCCAAAAACAGUGGCUCCAACAGCGAGGGGGAUUACCAGCUGGUACAACAUGAGGUGCUGUGUUCCAUGACCAACACAUAUGAAGUAUUAGAAUUUCUUGGCCGGGGAACCUUUGGACAAGUAGUCAAAUGUUGGAAACGUGGCACAAAUGAGAUUGUGGCCAUCAAGAUCUUAAAGAACCACCCUUCUUACGCCCGACAAGGUCAGAUUGAAGUGAGCAUCCUGGCCCGGCUGAGCACGGAAAGUGCAGAUGACUACAACUUUGUCCGAGCCUAUGAGUGCUUCCAGCACAAAAAUCACACUUGCUUGGUCUUUGAAAUGUUGGAGCAGAACCUCUAUGAUUUCCUAAAGCAAAACAAGUUCAGUCCAUUGCCCCUUAAGUACAUCCGGCCAAUCCUCCAGCAGGUAGCCACAGCCCUAAUGAAGCUGAAAAGCCUGGGUCUGAUUCAUGCGGAUCUCAAGCCGGAGAACAUCAUGUUGGUAGACCCAUCUCGACAACCAUACAGGGUCAAGGUCAUAGACUUUGGUUCAGCUAGCCAUGUGUCUAAAGCUGUGUGUUCAACCUACCUUCAAUCCAGAUAUUACAGUGCUGUUGAUACAUGCCAGAGGGAUGAUAUCGCUGGAGACUGUGGUGCUGCAAAGAACAGAGCCCCUGAAAUCAUCCUUGGUUUACCAUUCUGUGAAGCAAUUGAUAUGUGGUCACUGGGAUGUGUCAUUGCAGAGUUGUUCUUGGGGUGGCCUUUAUACCCAGGAGCUUCAGAGUAUGAUCAGAUUCGCUAUAUUUCACAGACACAGGGCUUACCGGCAGAGUAUUUGCUAAGCGCAGGGACAAAGACUACAAGAUUUUUCAACAGGGAUACAGAUUCACCGUAUCCUUUGUGGAGGCUGAAGACACCAGAUGAUCAUGAGGCAGAGACGGGGAUUAAGUCGAAGGAAGCAAGGAAGUACAUUUUCAACUGUUUGGAUGAUAUGGCACAGGUGAAUAUGACAACAGAUUUGGAAGGAAGUGAUAUGUUGGUGGAAAAGGCAGACCGGCGCGAGUUUAUAGAUCUGUUAAAGAAGAUGUUGACUAUAGAUGCAGAUAAAAGAAUAACACCGAUUGAAACUCUGAACCACCCCUUUGUCACCAUGACGCAUUUGCUUGAUUUUCCCCACAGCACACACGUCAAGUCUUGUUUCCAGAACAUGGAGAUUUGUAAGCGGCGAGUGAAUAUGUAUGACACGGUGAACCAGAGCAAGACACCAUUCAUUACCCAUGUGGCACCAAGCACAUCUACCAACCUGACCAUGACCUUUAACAACCAGCUGAACACUGUCCACAAUCAGGCCACCAACCUGGCUCCCACCUCUACCAGUGCCACUAUUUCCUUAGCCAACCCUGAAGUCUCCAUACUAAAUUACCAAUCUGCACUCUACCAGCCCUCAGCGGCGUCCAUGGCUGCGGUAGCCCAGCGGAGCAUGCCCCUACAGACAGGAACAGCGCAGAUCUGUGCUCGGCCUGACCCCUUCCAGCAAGCCCUCAUCGUCUGCCCUCCAGGCUUCCAAGGGUUACAAGCCUCGCCUUCGAAGCAUGCUGGGUAUUCUGUGAGGAUGGAGAACGCCGUUCCAAUAGUCACUCAGGCUCCAGGGGCUCAGCCUCUUCAGAUCCAGCCAGGACUCCUUGCACAGCAGGCCUGGCCUAGUGGUACUCAGCAGAUCCUGCUCCCUCCAGCCUGGCAGCAGCUGACCGGAGUAGCUACCCACGCUUCAGUCCAGCAUGCAACCGUCAUCCCAGAAGCUAUGGCAGGAACCCAGCCACUGGCAGACUGGAGAAACACACAUGCUCAUGGUAGCCAUUAUAAUCCCAUCAUGCAACAGCCUGCGCUUUUAGCUAGUCAUGUGACUCUUCCAGCAGCCCAGCCAUUGAAUGUGGGUGUGGCUCACGUCAUGAGACAACAGCCAACCAGCACCACUUCCUCCCGGAAGAAUAAACAGCACCAAUCAUCUACAAGAAAUGCAUCUACCUAUGAAGUGUCAUCAUCCCAGUCCAUUAGCUCUCCUCAGCGAUCGAAACGAGUGAAGGAGAACACCCCCCCUCGCUGUGCUAUGGUGCACAACAGCCCUGCCUGUAGCACUUCUGUCACGUGUGGGUGGGGUGAUGUGGCUUCCAGCACCACCCGGGAGCGGCAGCGGCAGACAAUAAUCAUCCCAGACACACCCAGCCCUGCAGUCAGUGUCAUCACUAUCAGCAGUGACACUGAUGAAGAGGAGGAGCAGAAGCAUGCACCCACCAGCACACUCUCCAAGCAAAGAAAAAACGUCAUCAGCUGUGUCACCGUGCACGAUUCCCCCUACUCCGAUUCCUCCAGCAACAACAGCCCCUAUGCAGUGCAGCAGCGCGGGGGACAGAAUAAUGGGAACACCUAUGACACAAAAGGGGUUCCAGAAACCCACUGCAGCGGGAACCCACGAACUAUAAUCGUGCCACCACUGAAAACCCAGGCCAGUGAGGUGCUGGUAGAGUGCGAUAGCCUGGCACCAGUCACCACCAGUCACCACUCAUCAUCCUACAAGUCCAAGUCCUCCAGCACCGUGACCUCCACAAGUGGUCACUCUUCAGGGAGCUCAUCUGGAGCUGUUGCAUACAGGCAGCAGCGACCAGGAGCACAUUUCCAGCAGCAACAGCCUCUUAAUCUAAGCCAGGCCCAGCAGCACAUCACAACAGAUCGCACAGGGAGUCACCGACGACAGCAAGCCUACAUCACUCCAACAAUAGCUCAGGCCCCGUACUCCUUCCCACACAAUAGUCCCAGCCACGGUACAGUCCACCCCCACCUGGCCGCGGCUGCAGCUGCUCACCUACCUACCCAACCCCACCUCUACACGUACACUGCCCCUGCUGCACUUGGGUCUACAGGCACUGUUGCCCACCUGGUGGCCUCCCAAGGGUCUGCUCGUCAUGCUGUGCAACACACCACCUACCCAGCCAGUAUAGUCCACCAGGUUCCCGUCAGCAUGGGCCCUCGAGUUCUACCAUCACCCACCAUCCACCCGAGUCAGUACCAGGCUCAGUUUGCCCAUCAGACCUAUAUCAGUGCUUCUCCAGCCUCCACAGUCUACACUGGAUACCCGCUGAGCCCCACUAAGGUCAACCAGUACCCUUACAUCUAAACACUGGAAUAAGAGAGAGAGACACCCACAAAGAGGGAGUGAGGUGGCUGCUUUUAUAUUGAAGAACAUGACAAACAAACAAUGCAAUGAGAGGCUCCUGUGAAACUUGAACGAAGGAGUCUUUAAGGAAGAAAUGAGAGAGGCAAGAAGGAGAAAACCAAUUCUACACUUUUAUUUAAAAAAAAAGAAAAAGGAAAAAAAGAACUGAAAAAAAACAAAAAUAAAAAACACAAAAAAACCAUUCUGCACCAAACUAGAGAGAGGGGGAAGCAGAGGGAUCCCAAAGCUGGGUCCUGUGCUUUGGAGAACUUCACCAAUAGACUUUUAAAGAUUAUUUUCAUCUGAUAGUGAGCUACAUUUAAUAAUUUGUUGUCCAGAACGCCUAAAACAAAAUCCACUAGGUUUUUAAUUCAGUAAAUAUAUGGAUUAGGGAUUUAUCCAGAAGUUUGAAGGGUUUAUGCCCCAUCUUUGCACUGUUCUCCAUAACCCUAAUGGUGUGUGAGGUGUUUUCUGCAGAGAAGAUAGAGGGAGGAGUGGGUGGGAGUGGCGGGGGGAGGAAGGGACCAUUCCAUCACUAGAAACUUCGGCCCAGCACUGAUAUGCUUAAAACACCCACACGCAAAAUGGAACGACUAUGUGACAUUUGUCAAGAUCAGAAGCAAUGGGGCUAUUUUCCCCUUUCUCUGAGCACCCUGGAUAAAUCCCUGAGAAAUGUUAUUCCUAAAAAUCAUCUUUAAUAAUGUAUGUCGGAUUUCAGUUUCUUGAUUUUAUUUGGAAAAUGUAUUGUUAAUCCCUAGCCAUUUUAAUGUAGGAGUAGAAGUUUUAGCUGGCCCCCUGUCCCCAGGUAGAAUGUAGCACUAUACAGUACAUACACCCUUUUUACUAUUUUGUGUUGAACUUCAAUGAUACCAAUAGACUAUUCCUCAAUGUGAUUGCACAAAAAAAGUGAUAUAACAUAGGCAUGUAACAAAUGUGAUUGUCCAGGUGUGUGUGUGUGUGUGUGUGCGUGUGUGUGUGUGUGUGUGCGCGCGCAGAUGCUGCCUUCUCUCUGUGGUGUGUUCCUCAGCACAGCCAUUACAACUGUCACAGUCUUAGUUUUACACCAUUCCCUCGUAGUGCCUUACCGAACUACAGAUGCGGUUUAAGGGUUUACUUCCACUGGUACUCCUAGAAACUGACUGAGGCUAGUCGGAAUUUAAUCUCAGCUCUUCUUCUUUUGUUGUUGUUAUUGUUGCUGAUCAUCUAGUUAUUUUUUCCCCCAUGCUGUCAAUCUUAGAUCAUUUGCUAAUGUGCAGGUAUUGGGGAAGUUCAUGGGAGUUGGAAGGGCAUAUGCAUAAAUGUCUGUUUAGCAUAGUAUGGGCUAAAAGUGACCCUAUUGGUCAUGAAACCCAGUACAGCUUCCUGAAGGGUGAAAGAUUUCUUCUGUGGGUUGUUUUUCUUUUUUUUUUUUUUUUUUUAGUUUCUUGUUCAAAUAACAAACUUCUCCAUGUGAAACUUAAUUCUCAUUCUGCUGUUUGCUAACAUUUGUGUCAGAGUAGAAGGACAGAUUCCUCCAAUCAUUGCCGUGGAAUAUCAGGCACAUUAAAUAGUUUGUCUGGAGUGGGAACAAAGAUUUAGCCCAUUCAGUGGGGGAAUACUGGUCCCUUAAAGAAUUGUUUCACUAAAUCUCCACAGAUGGCGGGGAAAAAGGGGGAGCAAGAGCAUGAGAUAGAGAUUCAGUCUAGAUUGUCAGACUCAGGUUUUCUGAGUGCCGAGAGUAUUUUGAGACAUCAGGGCCCUACCCAAUGUAAUGUAGUUCUGACUGUAUUCAUUUCCCCUCUUCCUCAGCCAACUUGUAAAAACAAGUUCCUGUAGUGGUAGAAUGCCUUUUCCACUUGGUAGAUUAAUUCUUACACUGGGUCCUCCGCUCCAAAGGAACUCUAAAUGGUCUUGUUUUCAGAUAGGUUUCCAAAGAGAGACUUUCUUACAAUUGAGUGAGUUGGGGGCAAAUCUCACUGAUGAAAAUGGAUUUGCCACUGCAUCAGUACUUAGAAGUGUUUCUAGAAUACCCACAUCCGCUUGUGGGCUUGUUGGGAAGGAGAGAAGAGACCAAGAAAAGAGAGUUUGGUGGCAUACUUCCAUUCAAGUUCUUAAGUCUACAUGGCUACUCAGCACCACAGCUCUCCCUGUAACUACAGCAAGGCAUGUUUACAUUUUUUUUUAAUAUGCUGGACAAUGGCAGGUCGAUUCGGAGAGAGAGAAAGAAUGAUUCCCUUGGGUGGAGUUUAGAACAAAGGCCUCUCGAGGGAAAUUCAAGAAAAACAAGCAGAGCUGUACUAUCUUGUCGUGAGCACUUGCCCUCCCUGGAAGGGAUCUCACUAUGCAUAGAUGGUUGUAUAAAACUGUCUUCUUUUGGCAAGCCAGUUACUAACCUUUGUGUUUGCCAUUUCAAAUUCCUGCGCUAUCCUUGCAAAGUUUGAUUUUCCCUUCUCUUCCUCAUUCCCACAAAGUACAUAAAGGAUCUGAUCUCUGAGCAGUCCAUGCACCUUAUGCCUGUCCAUUAGAAAGACAAUACUUUCCAUUUAUUUAAACCAGGAAAUGAAUUCCCCAUUCUCUCUGUACAUUUCCGUUGCAUUCCUCUCCUGUCCCAUCAGUUCAGGAAUGAAAGCUUCAUGCUGCUUGUCAUUAAAAGGAAGAAUAUUGUUAUUUUAUUGUAUGAUUGUUAUGAUUAUUAUUAUUUUAUUAUUAUUAUAUUUUACUCUGGGUUUUAAUUGCACACGC